CUACGCCCAUGUCGGAAUGACCAGUCAGGAAGCGGACUACCUUUUGUGGAAGGUCUGCUGCGUGUUGGCGCGGACGAAUCAGUCAAGAAACGGAAGAAGGUCGUCGCUGGUCGAGGCAGCACACGAUAGCAACUGGUAGAUGCAUCGAACGGAAAGACCAUCUCCAGGUACGAAUUCAAUAUUGGAAUCAAACGAGCCAGUGCGAAGCAAGUGAAAGAAAGUGCCAGUCGCAUUCCCACAAGAAAACAAAUCAAUAACAACAAACAAGCAGUAUUAUUAUUCCAUCAAGAUGCCAGCAAGCGGGCCUGUCUAUCAGCCCACCACUGUGACAUACGAGGCAAGCAAUGGGGCUUCAGAUCGUUGGGCAGAGAGACCCAUCAGUUACCUGUCACAUGCAGCGAGGAGGCCUUGCAUGCUGACACGGGUCAUGCCCAUGGUCCACUUGACAUCUGGCAUAGCCUGUUUCGCAAUUGGGGUCACACUGCUGAUCCAUGGUGCAAUAGGAUACUCGAAAGAGGAAGCAGAUGACUCUUUCUAUACAAUCUUCAUAUGCACUGGGGUAUUUGGUAUUAUAUUCGCAUUCGUGUUAUUCGUGUUGUACUUACGUGUCACGCGUAAGUUGUGCUUCAGGACUAACAAGGACCACAUGGACACGAGCGGGGCCCAAGCCCUGACGGUGAAUCCAUCGACGGAUCUGCUUGUCUCCGCGCAGUACGGCCCCAUCUCCGAGGUGGCCUAUCAACCGCGAAGCGAGGACUCAGAGCAGAGCAAGUUGAUGCCCCAAGAAAACAAGGAUGUCACGAUAGAGGAUACUGACCGCAUGGUUGAGACCGAUCCUCGCAUAGUUCUUCGUCCACUGAAUCCUCACGUCCACGAAGAGACUUAAUUGGAGUGAUGACUUGCCAAACAACGCGUCUUCUAUUUCAAGCGCUUGUUAUAAACAACGUUGGGUUAUCAUAACAACAAUAACAAAAAAAAAACAACAAAACCGUCGCUUAGGAUAAGAAACACCACUUACUACAUUCCCGAUAAUGACAAAUCGCAAUUCCGCGAUUCUUUAAAAUAAUCUAUAGGUUUUAAAUGUAUGGCUUUAAAUGAUGAAGAAGAAGUUGAAGAAAAAAAAAAGAGGAUAAGUAUUAGUAGAGAGAUGUUGUUACGGUUCGUUGAAACCAGAUUUCUAGUAAUUUAAUUACAGUUCUACGAGAAUUAAUGUUGUGAUUUAUGAAACUUGUUCAUUGAAUCUAUGAAAUGAUUAUUAUACAUAAAUAUUGAUAUGAUAUAUUUGGGGGAUAAAAAAAGACAUUUAUUUGAUAAUUUAUAUAGUAUUAUAUCAGGGAAGCUAAAGAUAUAUCUAUAAACAUAUAUGAAUAUAUUUUUUUAGGGACGUAAUUACUAACAAGAGAAGCUUGUAAUCAAAUUUGACGCGUUUAUUUCAAACGAAAAAAAAACUGAUUUAAUUAAUUUUUUUUGUUGACUGAUCAUUCGUGAAUCUCGCGAUUCUCCACACCACAUUCCCUACGCAUUGAGAUUAUAUAUAUAUAUUAACUUGUAUUAUUAUGUUAUUAUUAUUAUAAAUUAUGUACUUAAAUAGGUUACACGAGCGUUCUUCAAAACAUAAAUGCUGAAGUAUAAUGUUAUUUUAUGUUUGUUUCUUUUUAUAUAUAUGAUAUAUAU